ACUGUUGCCGGCGGAACAGGCGCUGCCCGUGAGGUCCAUUACCCGGCAUGGCUGCGCACACCAACAACUUCAUCCGCGUGCGCUUGCACUUCGACUACCCCUCGCCGGCCGUGGUCGACUCCCGCAGGUGCUGGCUGCUCGUGGACCUGAGCGCGUGCCGCGUGGUGGCGGACCUGGAGAGCGUCAUCCGGGAGAAGUUCGAGUUCGGCCGCGGCAGCAUCCUCAGCCUGUUCGUGGAGGACUGCUACCUGCCGCACACGGAGAGCGCGCUCGUGGUGCGGGACAACGACAGCGUCAGGGUGAAGGUGGACUGUCGGGACCAGCCCAACGCACUCGGCUGUGAAGAUGCUCCCGCUGAAAGCUGCAGGAAGAGAGCGAGACCCGCGGAGGAGAGCGGGCCGGGAAUGAGCAAGAAGAAGAAGAAGAAGAUGAGGGCUGAGGAGAGCGUGGAGACCGGGCAGGCUUCAGGUGACGAGAGGAGCGAGACGACGCAACAAAAGAAGAAGAAGAAGAGGGCUGAGGAGAGCGUAGAGACCGGGCAGGCUUCAGGUGACGAGAGGAGCGAGACGACGCAACAAAAGAAGAAGAAGAAGAGGGCUGAGGAGAGCGUGGAGACCGGGCAGGCUUCAGGUGACGAGAGGAGCGAGACGACGCAACAAAAGAAGAAGAAGAAGAGGGCUGAGGAGAGCGUGGAGACCGGGCAGGCUUCAGGUGACGAGAGGAGCGAGACGACGCAACAAAGGAAGAAGAAGAAGAGGGCUGAGGAGAGCGUGGAGACCGGGCAGGCUUCAGGUGACGAGAGGAGCGAGACGACGCAACAAAAGAAGAAGAAGAAGAGGGCUGAGGAGAGCGUGGAGACCGGGCAGGCUUCAGGUGACGAGAGGAGCGAGACGACGCAACAAAAGAAGAAGAAGAAAAAGAAACGAAAGAAGGAGGAGGAGCCCGCUGCCCCCAAAGCAGCUGCUUCUCCCAAAAAACCAACUGUGAAAAUCCCCCAGAAGCCCCCGGUGCUGAAGUCGAAACCCCAGAAGGCUCCGUCUUCAGAUUCCAGUAGCGAGGAAGACGAAGCCCCCAAAAGGCCGGCUGCCCAGAAGCCAGCACCCACAAUGCCCUCCUCCAAGGCUCCGCCCACCUCCAAACCCACCCAGACAAAGACCCGCCCUCCUCCUUCGCCGUCCUCCUCGGAAACCUCCGGCGACGAGGCCGCGGUGGUGAAAACCAUGGCGCCCGGAGGAGGAGCGAGCGCCCCCGACCUCAAGUCUGCAAAGGGCAGCUCGCAGAGGCGAGCGGCGAGCUGCGCCGCUGCAGCCCCGCCUGGCCGCCAGUCUGAGUUGUCGGACAGCGAGGAAGAGAUCAGGCUGGUCAUCCGCCGGCCGGCACAGCCGCCGGGACUCGUGGCGGGCGGCGGAGGCGGAGGCUCGCUACCUUGGAGGGGUCGCGGCCGAGGCCAGGGCGGGCGCGGUGGGCGUGGAGAGGAUAUGGGACGGGGGGCCGGCAGGGGGGGCGUCAGAGGGCGUGGCGUUGGCAGUGGCUUCAACUCCGACCGAGCCGUGGAGCCGUCCUGCCGGACCGAUAAGCUGACCAACAUGUCCGUGGUCCUGCAGAACGGAGCAGCAGACGCCCCUCCACGGGACUACAGCGCCAUGCCGCUGCUCGCCGCCCCCCCGCAGGUCGGGCAGAAGAUUGCCUUCAAGUUACUGGAGCUCACUGAGAACUACACCCCGGAGGUAUCGGAGUACAAGGAGGGGAAGAUCGUGAGCUUUGACCUCACCACCAAGCAGAUUGAGCUACUGGUGCUCAACAACUCUCGGGCUCCGGUAGAACCCGGCAAGUUCGAUCUGGUCUACCAGAACGCGGACGGCUCGGAGAGCGUGGAGUACGCCGUGUCCAGAGGCUCUCGGGUGACGGAGCGCUGGGACUCCCUGCUGGAGCCGAGGCUGGUCCUUUAACAUGGGAACGGGACCAGACCCUCGUCCACUCAUUCUCCAGCGUUACACCAGGGAGUCGCUCCUGUACGUCGCAUAGGGGAUGUGAUUGUGGUCGUUUAUGUCUCUUCUCCGCCCUCCAAAAUAAAUCAUCACUUUACAGCUGAAAGUAUUGACACAUGUUGUAAUAGUUGCAUUUUAAUUGGGGCUGGAUGUUUUUUUUUUAUGUCAGUUGAAUGUGUGAGUGCCUAAAGGACUCAGACAUAGUGGUUUUAUGUUCUGUAAAAGGAUGUGACUGAUAUCAGUCUUGUAUAAAAAAAAUUUUUCCCUCAUAAAACACUUACGAUGCAAACUGUUAACUAAUUUCUGCCAGGAAAAGGAAAAAAAUAUUUUAGGAUUGCAAGAACUAGAAAAUAGUGAAAUGAGUUUGACCUCAAACUAUAUUGAGUUAAAAUGUAAAACUAUCAUAUUAACUUCCUGUGUACCUUGGCAGACAUUAAAUCAAACGUAAACUUUAUAAUGUGAGAUUUCAACGCAGAAUAUUUUGUAUUUUUCUUAAUAAAUGUUUCUUUUUGGAGCUGUUGCACCACCA